AUGCGUAUUCGUCUACAACCUCGCAGGCGACCACAAGGUAGGCGACCCCCAGGUAAGCUGAAUUUUGCCUUGUUGUCUUUGCCUGCUCACCAUCUUCAUUUCAGCAAUGAGUUAGCUCAACGGCUAGACAACCUCACCAUUGCCGACGCCGCCGCUGCCGAGAACGCCUCCGUGGAGAACCGCAGGUGUCAAAUGCGAGACACGGUCCAGUCGACGGCGCUCGCCGUCCUUGGUCGCGCUCCCCGCCAACACCAGGACUGGUUCGACGACAACGACGCCGCCAUCAGAAAUCUGCUUGCUGAGAAGAACCGCCUACACAAAGCCUACGUAGAUCACCCCAAUGAGGACAACAAAGCUGCCUUCUACCGCAGUCGCCGCCAGCUUCAGCAACGACUGCGCGAGAUGCAGGACGCCUGGGCUGCUCGCACAGCUGAGGAGAUCCAAGGCUACGCGGACCGGAACGAAUGGAAGAACUUCUUCUCUGCGAUCAAAACCGUCUACGGUCCGCCGACGAAGGGCACUGCUCCUCUCAUCAGCGCCGACGGCAGCACUCUCCUGACUGAGAAGACGCAAAUCCUACAGCAAUGGGCCGAGCAUUUCCGAGGCGUCCUCAACCGCCCUUCCGCCAUCUCUGACGCCGCCAUCGAGCGUUUGCCGCAAGUGGAGACCAACGUGGACCUCGACCUCCCGCCAUCUCUCCAGGAAACGAUCAGGGCCGUGCAGCAGCUCUCUAGCGGGAAAGCACCCGGAUCGGACGCGAUCCCUGCUGAGGUCUACAAGCACAGAGGUCCCCAACUCAUGGAUCACCUGACUGCGCUCUUCCAGGAGAUGUGGCGUCAAGGUGAAGUCCCGCAAGAUUACAAGGACGCAACCAUCGUGCAUCUCUACAAGCGAAAGGGGAACCGCCAAGUCUGUUACAAUCACCGUGGCAUCUCCUUGCUAAACAUCGCCGGGAAGAUCUUCGCUCGCAUCCUUCUCAGCCGCCUCAACAACCGUCUGGAACAGGGCCUUCUGCCGGAAAGCCAAUGCGGCUUCCGUCGUCAUCGUGGGACCACGGAUAUGAUCUUCGCCGCCCGCCAACUACAGGAGAAGGGCCAGGAGAUGCGGACCCACUUAUACUCUACCUUCGUGGACCUGACGAAAGCCUUCGACACGGCGAAUCGUGAAGGACUGUGGAAGAUCAUGCAGAAAUUCGGCUGCCCGGAGCGAUUCACUCAGAUGGUGCGUCAGCUGCACGACGGUAUGAUGGCGCGAGUCACGGACAACGGAGCUGUCUCAGUGGCAUUCGCAGUGACCAACGGAGUGAAGCAGGGCUGUGUGCUGGCGCCUACCCUCUUCAGUCUUAUGUUCUCUACCAUGCUGAUGGACGCCUACCGCGACGAACGCCCUGGAAUCCGCAUCGCCUACAGAACGGACGGUCAUCUCCUGAAUCACCGGCGCAUGAACUCCCAAUCGCGCGUAUCCACAACUACCGUGCACGAAAUCCUCUUCGCCGACUACUGCGCCCUGAACACCACCUCCGAAGCCGAGAUGCAACGCAGCAUGUACCUAUUCUCCGCCGCCUGCGAGAACUUCGGUCUGAUCAUUAACACGCAGAAGACGGUGGUGGUGCACCAACCGCCACCCAAAUCAGCCACAGCCCCCAACGCGCCGCCGCAAAUCAGCGUGAAUGGGACCCAACUGCAGGUGGUAGAGAACUUCCCGUACCUGGGAAGUACCCUAUCUCGCAACACAAAGAUCGAUGACGAAGUCGCCAACCGAAUCUCGAAAGCCAGUCAAGCCUUCGGACGCCUCCAAAGCACAGUUUGGAAUCGCCACGGUCUCCAACUGAGCACGAAGCUGAAGAUGUACAAGGCCGUCAUCCUGCCGACGCUACUGUAUGGAGCGGAGACUUGGACGGUGUACACGAGGCAGGCACGUCAACUGAAUCACUUCCACCUCAGUUGUCUCCGUCGCAUCCUGAGGCUGAACUGGCAGGAUCGAAUCCCCGACACGGAAGUGCUGGAACGGACGGGAAUCCUGAGCAUCUACUCCAUGUUGAGACAAAUGCAGCUGCGCUGGAGUGGCCACCUGGUGCGCAUGGACGAAGAGCGACUACCCAAACGACUCUUCUACGGAGACGUCGCGACGGGUUCUCGUCGUCAAGGAGGCCAGAUUCGCCGUUACAAGGAUACCCUGAAGUCCUCCAUGAAGCGCCUGCAAAUCAACCCGACCAACUGGGAAGAUCUCGCCCGCGAUCGUCCGACAUGGAGGAGAACAUUGAAGACGGGCGCUGCUAUCUAUGAAGCCAACCGAAUCGCCGCCGCCAAAGCGAAACGCGAAGCCCGCAAAUCACAACUUCGCCCAGUACGCAACGCCACCGCACAACCUCUCCCUACGUGUCCUCGAUGUCAACGGACAUUCCGGGCACGAAUCGGACUUGUUGGACAUCUGCGGAUCAACUGCACCUCUCGAACUGCUCCAGCCAUCGUCCCCCCGCCCGCCUCUUCCUCGUCCUCUCUGCCGCCAACUAACUCUGUUAACUCUUCUGUACCACCACUUCCAUCCUCCUCCUCCUCCUCCUCCUCCUCCUCCUCCUUCUCCUCCUCCUCCUCCUCCCCCACUGCCCCAGCGGCGGCCGUUCAGACUGCCGUCUCACACAUCACCAACCCCAACACAACAACCGACACCACCUCUCCCACCUCUCCCGAUACUGCUGAUGAGGAUCAGGACUACACCUGCCCUCACUGCGACCGCACCUUCACCUCACACAUCGGCCUGGUCGGUCACAUGCGAAUCCAUCGCACAGAGACUGGCGAACCAGUGCCUGGAGCACCAACCUACACCCACCGCACUCGCCUUCACUGCCCACACUGUCCUCGCAGCUUCACUCAUCGCAUGGGUCUAUUCGGCCACAUGCGCAUCCAUGAGAGCGGCAUUGACCGCAGCCUUGACACACCCACAACGCUAGGCCCCGCUCCCAGUUCAUCACCUUGUGCGGCCAACAACCUCUCCGCAACCGCCGUCGAUGCCACCGACUUUACUACCCCUCACUCCUCCCCUUCCUACUCCUCUUCCUCCUUCACUGCCACAACGACGGCCGCCUCAGCGUCUGUCGCCCACGACUUCACCACAGCCGCACCUGACACAACAACAGGCACAACCGCUGCAACCUCCAUCAUCAGACGUGAGGGCCAGGACCACAUCUGCCCUCACUGCGAUCGCACCUUCACUUCACGCAUCGGCCUGGUUGGUCACCUGCGAAUCCAUCGCACAGAGACUGGCGAACCAGUGCCUGGAGCACCAACCUACACCCACCAAACUCGUCUCCACUGCCCACACUGUCCUCGCACCUUCAUGCAUCGCAUGGGUCUAUUCGGUCACAUGCGCAUCCACGGCGACCUGCGUUAG